AGAUGAGGCGUUACACCAGGGUUUAGCACAAAUAUAAAAAGAGGGCAACAUUGUGGCGGCUUUGGUUUUUCUACUAAAAUAGAAAAAAUGCCUUUGGUUUACGUUGUUACUGGUGCUUCUCGUGGUCUCGGUCUUGAAUUUGUUAAGCAAAUCGUUGCUGCAGGCAACCACGUCUUUGCCUGUGCUCGUAAUCCUGACAGCUCUUCUGAAUUGAGCAAACUAGUCGAUAACGAAAAAGUUUAUGCAAUCAAAUUAGAUACAAGUAAUGAGGAAUCCAUCAAAGCUGCUGCUGAAGAAAUCAAUUUCAAGGCACCUGAAGGUGUAGAUAUUUUGAUUAAUAAUGCAGGUAUUGGCGGUCAAAUGGGAACUAAUUAUGAAACUGUUACCAAACAAGACAUGCUCAAGGUAUUUGAAACUAAUGUCACUGGUGUCAACGAAACAACUAAGGCUUUUGUGCCUCUUCUUCGCAAGCGUCCUACAAAAAAAAUCCUUAAUAUGUCUUCUGUGCUUGGCUCCAUUUCAGAAGUUGAAGAUAGUACUGGUUCCGGUUUUGGUAUUGCUUAUGGUGUGUCUAAAACUGCUCUCAACAUGUUGACCAAGUUGACUGCCAAACAACUUGAAAGCGAAGGAUUCGUUGUCUAUGCUUCUCAUCCUGGCUGGGUUCAAACUGCCAUGGGUGGGCCUCAAGCUCCCCUGACUGCUGAAGUUUCUAUUCGCGGACAAUUAGCCAAAAUUGACAGUUUGACAGUUGAAGAUAACGGUAAAUUUUAUGACUAUGAAGGCAAACCUAUUGCUUGGUAAAUAAACAAAAUAGAAAAAAAAAAUCAAAAACUUGUGUC